CAGACGCGUUCCCCAAUGAGUCACCGGUUCCAGCUUCAUAAUGAGCCGACGGCGGCGUCGGAGAAGCAUUCAGCGACCAAGUCUUCACACGGAGCGAGGACGACCGCAAAGCAAAAGAUGGAGCGACUCAACGUACUCGUCUGUCUCGGCCUGAUUUGUGUGGCUUCGACCCUGGCCCAGGUGAUCGACCCCAGAGGAGCCCGACCGGUGGAGCAAGGCACCAGAUCCGAAACUUGUGCCACGCAGAGGGAUUGGCCUUUCUGCUCAGACGAUGAAUGGGGCGCUAAAUGCCCGUCGGGCUGCAGGAUCCUGGGACUGAUCAAUAAAUACGACCACGACGCGCUGAAGAAGAUCGAGAAGAUCCGCAGCCUCCUGGACCUGAACAAAGCCAGGCACCGCUCGGCCGAUCAGGUGUCCAAACAGACCUACGACUACCUGAAGGACAAACUCACCGUCGACUCUGAUAACGAUAACAGCUACUACAACCUGGCCCAGACGCUGCGCCAGAGGAUCUCGGAAAUGAAGAUCAAGAUCGACCGACAGCUGAGGCUCCUGGCCGCCCUGAAGGAUCGAGUCAAAGACCAGGUGUUGGAGAUGCAGAGGCUGGAGGUGGAUAUCGACAUUAAGCUCCGUUCCUGCAAAGGAUCCUGCCAAGGCUACGCCGAGUACCAGGUGGACCGGGAGAGCUACGUGGCGCUGGAGAAACAGGUCAGCCAGCUGGACUCCCAGUCGAUUCAGAACAUCGAGUCGGUGGGGACGCUGUACGUGAUGAAGAGCAGGCCGCUGCAGGGCGUCAUCGUGGACAGCAUCUACAAGUCCAAGGAUCUCAGCGGCACCACGACAGGAGAGCAGAGAGACAUGUUCCCCGAGGUGAGGACGGUCCAGUUGGUCCUUGAACAGGAAGGCUCCAGCUCCUCAUCCCCGGCAACCAUCUCCAAGGUCCCAGGUACUUCCUUAUCUCCGUCUACAUCCUCAUCAUCUUCUUCCUCCUCCUCCUCCGGCACGUCCACUAAAUCCAUCACUGAAAUCGGAGGACGCGGCGACGGCAUUGAUUUCAUUGGCACGGACUUCGGCCAGCCCAGCACGGGCCACGUUACCACCAAAACCGUCUCGUGCACCCGCAGGACCAUCGUCAACACCAAAACCGGCCGGGUGGAGGAGGUGUUUGAGGGAGGCCCCGAGUGCUCGGCCAUGUCGGACACCACCAAGGGAGUGAUGGGCGCCCUCUUCCCCAGCCUCAGCCACGCAUCCUCCUCUUCCUCGUCCUCUUCGUCCUCUUCUGUGACCAAGACCGUCCACACCGGCGGCACCAAGGGAAGCCUCUUGGAUACCAAAACCGACUUCGGGAAUCCAUUCGAUAUGGGGUUCGACAUUGGCUUGUUUGACACGGGCGCCGCAGAGGAUGACGUUCCUGAUAUCCACGCCCGGAGUGUGAAGAGCGUUGUUACCGAGCGCCGAGCCGAUUAUGUAGGAAAAGAUUGUGUCGAGGCCCACCAGAACCACCUGAAAGGGGAAACGAACGGCCUCUUUAAGAUCAAACCCGGCGGCGCCGACUCGGCACAGGUAGCGGAGGUUUACUGCCAGCAGGAGGGGCUAAUGGGCGGGUGGUUGUUAGCGCAGCAGAGAGAGAGCGGCGCGCUCGGCUUCAACCGCACCUGGGCCGAAUACCGCGACGGGUUCGGCUCGGUCGACGCGAACGGCAACGGGGAGUUCUGGCUGGGCAACCAGAACCUCCACCUGCUGACCAGUCAGGCGGAGAGCAUGCUGAGGGUGGAGCUGGAGGAUUGGGAAGGGGGCGUGGCCAGCGCCGAGUACACAGUCAGGGUAGGCGUGGAGACGGAGGGGUACCCGCUGCACGUGUCCGGGUACACCGGGGACGCCGGGGACGCGCUGGCGAUGCCCGCGUCCAACACGCCGUCUCACAACGGGAUGAAAUUCAGCACCUUUGACAGAGACAACGACGUCUGGGAGGGGAGUUGCGCGGAGAGGUACGGCGGCGGCUGGUGGUACAACAAAUGCCAGACGGCUAACUUGAACGGGGUUUAUUAUAAAGGCGCGUACGACCCGGAGAAAAACACGCCGUACGAGAUUGAAAACGGAGUCGUAUGGGAGACUUAUAAACUGGCCAAUUACAGCCUGAAAACUGUUCGGAUGUUCAUCCGACCGGCUGCUUUUUAAUUGGACGAAAGAUGCAGAACCAUUGAGGUUGGGGGAUGAAAUCGAGAACACCAUAGCAUAUCGAUAUUUCAAGUGGCAAUACUGUAUCGAUACGCGGACGCCAAGUACCGAGCUUUUAUUACAUAAGUAGAACAUGAACAUAUCCCACUUUCUCUGUAGUCUACUGUUAGCUAGCUACCGUAAAUGUAGAGCUACUUUUAAAAGGCCAUAUUUUCCCCUCUGGGCUCACCAAAAUGGACGUAAAAGCCUGUCUUUGUUGUUAUUUUUCAGUUUUUCAAGAAUCUGUUUAGGAAUUGGAAUCAUUUUAAAAGUACCGGUUCAGCAUUGGAAUUGUAAAAAUCCAAACGGUACCCAACCCUAAUCGUGACAUCGUUAUAAUACCGUAUCGUCUCGUUGCGCGCCCCCACCCCUGCAAAAUAUACACAUUCGUACACUUUUCUGUGUUUAAACCCAAAGAAACGACAAGGCCCAAAGCAACAUGAACUAAGACCUAGAGAUGCAAGCACACACUGAGGCUGCAGGUAAAUAUUUGAGGCCAAAAAUCAGAGUUGCUUUCAGACCUUCAGACUGUUCCGAUCUGUUUGUGAGUCAUUCUGACAUUUCCAAAUCAUUUCAAACAGUGUGUGUGUUUGAGUUGACUCCUUGUGUCAGCACUUUGUGUCAAAUGUCAUCGACUUGUUUAACUAACCUGUACGCAGCGAUGCCUGAACUCUGCUCAAUCAAUAAAGAUCCAAUGUUCACUUCA